AUUACCAAAGACACAAAUAAAAAAAUAAAUUGUUGUGUUAAGUGUUAUUUUUGCUAAUAAAUUUCAUUUAUAAACGUAAAGAUAAUUAUUGAUACUUGGAAUUUUAUUAAACAGAAAUACCUGCUAUUAAGAGUUAUUAUUAAACAGAAAAUAUAUUUGUUAUAUAAAUAUAUAUUAUAUAUAUUUAUAAAGAAGUGAUAAAAAAGGCGGCUUAGUAGCGGCAAGAUAAUGAGGAGUCUGGAGAGAUUAUCCGGUAGCGAUCAGGAUUGUAUCGAUCAGGAAAUGUAUAUCGACUUGGACGACGUGUCUGUGGACUCAAUUACGGGUAAAAGAGGACGUCACCAUGUCAGUGGCGAAAUGGGGGAGGAGAGCGACAGCAGCGGGAGUGAACGUAGUCCGAAGCAAGCUAAAAGGCGAAAUCGCGGUAGCAGCGGUCCGCCAACAACGAGAAGACGAAAAAGUGGUAUUUCCGCAAGAGAGAGAAACCUCAGACGAUUGGAGAGCAACGAGAGGGAGCGAAUGAGGAUGCAUUCGCUGAACGAUGCCUUUGAGCAAUUGAGAGAAGUAAUACCUCACGUUAAAAUGGAGAGAAAACUAAGCAAAAUAGAAACACUUACGCUCGCUAAAAAUUAUAUAAUGGCAUUGACUAAUGUCAUAUGUGAAAUGCGAGGAGAAGAGCAACCUUACACAUUUGUCGACGGUGAAUGUGGAUCAAGCAGCGGUGACAGUACCGGACAACUUGAGCUUAGUGGCGGAGAACAGCCAGAGGAAGCAUCGCCGGCUUCUAUUCAUGAAGCUAAUAAUAAUAGUCUUCUGCAUGAAGAUCUCGAGCGCAGGAUACCUUAGUUAUAAUCAAAAGAUAUAUAAUGAAAUAACUAAUAAUUAAAAAGA